CUCGGCCAACCAACCUAAGUAAGAGAGAUAAGGUCUGGAAAUACUCCAUUUUCAUCCACCAUCUACGCACUUGAGCUAAGGAGGAAGAAGGAGGGGAAAAGAGAAGAGGAAAAGUUGGUUUUGGAGAGGAAAACUUGUGUUUAGCAAGGUAUUCAAGGAACUUUCACGGAGUUGAAAAGGUCGCCGGAGUUCGUUGAAGUUCGCCGGAGUUUCGUCGGAGCUAAAUCGGGAAGGCUAGAACUUCAUAAGCUUCAUUAAGGCUUUUAGGAAUGUCGAAUUUAUCAUUGAGAAGUAUCUUGGAUACAUGCAAGCUUACUGGACCAAACUUUCUGGACUGGGAAAGAAAUGUGCGUUUAGUUCUUAGACAAGAAAAUAUUGAGUAUGUGUUAGACACGCCGGUACCCAAGAUUCCUGAUGCUAACUCUCCCGAGUUUGCCACGUUUGACCUGACUGCUCGAGAGAAACACGUUACUGAUGCUAAAACUGUGCAAUGUGUUAUGUUGGCUGCAAUGUCUAUGGAGUUGCAAAGGCAACACGAUAGGAUGAGCGCCUUCGAGAUGCUUGAACACUUGAAAAGUCUGUUUGAUUCAGAGAGUCAGACUCUAGAGUAUGAACUUCUGACAGACAUUUUCAAGUGUAGGCUUCAAGAGGGUGGCAACGUGUCUGAGCACGUCCUCAAAAUGAUUGGCUUAAUUGAAAGAGUUGCUACCACCGGAAUUAAGUUUGAGGAUCGUGUCUCAGCUGCUAUCAUCCUAUAUUCGCUUCCGAGUUCAUUUACUAACUUCAUUGUGAAUUAUAAUUUGAACAAAACGAAAGCGACCAUGCCUGAACUCCAUAACAUGCUCAAGUCUUAUGAAGCCUCAACCUCUAAAGGAAAGACUGUUCUUAU